GUCGUGAUUUUUGCUGAUCGUAAUACUGUGUAUGUAUGUGUGUGUGCGCGCUUUUAUCACACUGAUAUAAUAUCAUAAACAAUUUGCACACUUUUUGAUCAUGUUGAGACACGUGAUUGUCUUCGGUGCUUUAUGUUUUUUGGUCAUAGCUGAACCACCGAUUCAAGGAAUAAAAUCGACAAACGUGAUAGGCAGUGCAGAUCAACAUACUUCUUUCAGUUUUAUCAGGCCAGGAUUAACGCAAACGUCGUACGCAUUUAACGGCCCAAGCUCGCAUCAAUCAUUUGCUUCUAGCAUCGGCAACCCGCAAUUAGCGCAAAGAGUCUUACCAAGUUUAGCACAUGCUCUCGCUUAUAAACAUCCUGGCCUAGGAUAUUAUCCAUUAGGUUCCGUUGCAAACGGCUAUGGGGUUGUUCCGACUUUUGCAACUCCCGCUACCGCACCGUUAGCUUAUCAAUCCACUAUAGAUCCUGCUACCGCUUUAGCAUACAUGCAACAAUUGCAGCAGCAACAACAUGCGUACUCGCAUGCAUUUCAACCAAACAAUAUUUACCAACCGCAAUUAGCGCAAUUGCUCGCGUUUAGACAAGCGCAAUUAGCGCAAGCUCAACAGCUGGGUCAAUUGCAAUCGGAACAGGUGUCUGAGAAGGCUGAAGAACAGAAAUCACAGAAUUUGCUAGGAGUUGCUUACUCGUCUGCUCCGUCGGUGGCGCAUGUAAACGUUUCUGGAAAUGGAUACAAGUUCAACUUCUGAACGUGACAACAAAAAAAUUAACAAACGUGCUUCGCAGUCGGUAGGACUCGAACCUACGCUCCCAGAGGGAAUCUGAUUUCUAGUCAGACGCCUUAACCACUCGGCCACGACUGCUACUUGGGCACGUACUCUUUACUGUUUAAUAAUGUAGUACUUGUUUUAAUUUAGAGAUAGAGAUCAUUUUAUUUAGUUGCUUGCGACUUUUAAAAGUUAACAAAUCUCUGCACCGAAGUAAAAUUAGACAGAAAAACAAUCUCACACUUGUUUUCCGAGUGUGUUCGGAAAAAUAUAUUUCCAAGAUGAGAUACAGAACAUUUCUAAAGAUAGAACGGAGAAAAAAAUGACUUGACUUUUUAGUGGUUAUCGAGCUUGUGUAAUCCGUCUCUCUAGUAAUCCACGCCAGAAAGAGAGAGAUGAAAGGGAAAUAUUGGUCGCGCGCGCGCGUGGACCUUGUAUAUAGCAAUCUUCUUUUCUUUAUAUAUAUGUACGUCCCUUGAUUUGUUCUCUUGAAAAAACGGCAUUGGAUUCGGUUUCGAUGAGUCGACUUCUCCUUUCGUCGAUUUCGAUGAGUCAACUUUUUUUCUCGUUGCUAUAAAGUACAAUAUGUUAAGAUUAGAUAGAAGUUAUUCAGUAAAUUUUAAUAUAAAAAUCAAUUUUGAGACGCGGUCAUGAGAAAUUUCACGAAAAUUCAAUCUUCAGUAUAUUUCAGUAUGAAAAGUGCUGAUUUAUACUGAAAUAUAUCCAGAAACGUUCGCUUCU